UAUACCUUGCCCUGCUAUCAGACUGCAAAGAACACCGAGUGUCACGUCUCCCUGCAACACAUUAGGUCUCUUCAACAGUCGGAGUUGCAAGAGCAACUUUUAGAUUAAUUAUAAACUACACUUUGCAAUCAUAUGGAAUACAAAGCAUUUUUAAACUCAUCAGCGGACGUAAUAGAGAAGGUACAGUUGAGCUUCUUUUUGCGCUACUCUUGAUACCAGUAUUGGGAUUAUGGCAUCUGUUCCAUCAGCUGGCUGCCUUAUAGCAAAAAAUCAGUUCUACAGAGUUCGCCUGAAUUCUGAAUCCAGUAUCUGCUCAAACAGUUCUGACUCAGGACUCACGAUGGAUCAGGAAAAGCCUAAUCACGAUUUGCCUGAAAUGUUUGAGAAAUGCUGGUGGCUGAAAUCCUUUUUCCAUGUUGAACAAGUUCCAUCAACUUCAGUUAGAAUAAACAUGUCUUCUAACAGUUGACGAGAACUAGCUACAUAGGAAAAACAUUCUUCACGAUGCUGCUAAACUGACUAAAGGUCAUCUAUGGUUGCUUCGAUGAAACGAAAAGAGGAUGUGCUGCUUGAACCUUUGCCUACUUUAGCAAGGACAAUGCUAUUGAAAAACAUUCUAAAAUUCUAAUCAGGUGCUCCUUUUUAAAAGGAUAUGUUAAGCACCAUAACCACCACAUCUCAUAGUAAACGUUGUGCAGGGAGGCUAUAGUUGUAGACCCCCUUUUUUUGUUAAACCAUCCCCAAUCGAACGGUUUUCCAACUCUGUAAACCCAUCCAUUCUGCCUCUAUAAUCAUAAUGAGCAAUUAAAUGUUAUCAUUUUCUUUACAAUUUGUUCAUUUUAAGCACACACUGCAUGCUUACACAGUGAAAUGACAGGCAGCAAGUAUUGGGCUACAACAGGAUCUUGAUGCUAAUUCAAUGCAGUCCUUUCUGCUCAUCUGAAUCCACAUUUAACAAGAGGGUUUACAGCAAUUUAGAGGCACAGGAAAUAUGCAGUGAUUGGCAUCUGAAAUGUGCAAAAACCUACAGGUCACAUCCUAACAGUGCAAAAAAUAUACAUCAGAGUCAGAGUGUGUACGUUCUAAAUACCAGGUCAUCGUUUGUCAAACUGUUUGAAAAUGGUCGGACAAAAGCCAGAAUAAGCACAUCCAUAGGAUCUUUAUAAUGUAAUCAUUACAAUAAACUUGGGUGAUUAUAAUGCUUUAAGUGUCCCUUUAAAUAUGCACUUCUAAGUAACAUCCUCUCAAUUCUUUAUAGUAUUUGUGUCACGUAGAAGGGGCUUCUCUUUGGAACUUAAGGGUUUCGACAUUAAGGAGCUUAAUUCUAUUAGAAAUUAUAAGACAAUAUGUCCUUUCACAUGCCGUGCACCCUAUAAAUCAUUACAGGAUCUAUACACUAAACUGUUUUAGAAAUCAGCGUUCAAAUCCUAAAGCACUAAACAGUUUUUAAGAGAAAAUAGACAAAAAAGACAGAAAUAUACCCAAAAUAGAUGAAAUCUCAACUUUUACUGAACUAAACUUUUUCCAAACUCUGUUAUAUCAUGUUAUAUUUUUGGGAUUACAUCAUAAGCUACGCACUGUUUGUAACUUGUCAUGCACACAAUAAUAUCCUGGCAGUAUGUAAAUACAAUCAUCCAAUAAUCUGGCUACACUGCUGUGAUAAAGUUCAUCACAUGACAUAAGGCAAAAUAGAAAAUGUGUUUUAUAUUAUCUAAAGCACUUUCAUUAUUUAAAUAGCUGAGGUAUAUGGUCAUAUGUAGUACGCAAUAUAUGUGUUUCUCUUGUUUAGCUAAUGUUCAUGUUAAUUAAAGUAGAAUUCAGAUUUAAUCAGAUUUUUCCUUAUAUUUUGUGAGUUUGUUUAUAAUGUCAUUGCACUAACCACAUUCAUAUUUUUGAUGGAUAUUUUAUUGCAACAAUUUUGUACAAAAUUAAAUAUUAUUUCUCUGUUAAGCGAUGCUGAAAAAUGAAAAAAACAAUAAAAAAGUUUUUAUAAUGUAA